CCUCACACAGCCUGCCCUAGAGCACAUACAGCACGCAGCAGACGAGGGCGCCGUGAGCUCGUGAGAACAUCAGCAUAGCCCGCUCGAGUCUUGGCAAGCGUUGGUGUGUACAAGACAGGAGCUAUAAAUCUGUUCGACUCUUCGUGACUUUGACCACUGUCCCUUCUCGUCCCUCCUCUCAAUCGCUCCCAACCAUUCACCCUCACCGCCGUCGCUCACUCAAAGCCCCAGUCUCGCCACCAACCCCUCGCCACCAACCCCACUAUGGACAUCGACGACUCGGUCGUCGUGCCGAAGAACCCGUCUCCAAAGCGAGUCCGUGGACCCGGCAUCUCCCCAGCCAGAUGCUGCACCUACAUUUGCGCGGCAAUGGGUGCGUCGUUGGUGUUGAUGUUUGUCGGCACCAUGAUUGUGGGACUCGUCAACAUGCUCCUCCAGCACACCAACAUCCACAAGGAGGCCUUCACUGCCAACUUGACCGACGUCUCGGCCGUCAACAUCUCGCGACCCCUCAUCGACCUGGAUACCCGCUUCGACGUCGCCCUCACCAUCUGGGCCCGAGUACCGAACAACAAGACUGCCCAUCCCGAGUGGUAUGCCAACGACUGGGAUGGGUAUGAGGCAGACCGUAGCAAGUCGUGGCCCUUCUUCCAAGGGGACGUGUCUGCAAAGCCUCCGAAAGUGCCCCUUUCAGAGCGCUACCUCGAGCAUGAGGAGAAGGUCCUCUAUUCCGACAUAGUGAUCUCGGACUAUACACUUCGCCAUAAGAGCGAGGACGUCCAGUUCAAGUUUGAGUUACCUCUUGAGCGAUUCUACGACAAACUGCUAUACGACCACGACGUACGAGCAACCGUGGUCCUGCUCCCUCACUCGCCGUCGCGCUUGGAUAGCGUCGCCGGAGUAUCGACUUUUAUGCCAUCGCACCUGCGGACCUUCCCUUGGCUGUCUGAAUUCUUGAAUACCUCUCGGCUUGUGGGAGACCGUGACAGUCCUUACCAACAAGCCUUGGGAAGCCUGGCUGUGACCUGGCCGCUCAUCGAGUUCCAUGAGGAGAAGGUCAAUAGAACCAAUGAGACCACGUCGCUGGAAUCGAGCUCCGCUGGCAAUUCGCCCCAGAUCUACGAGGCACCUUACCUCCGCACUAGGCUGCAUGCGUACAUCGUCAACGAGACGCGACCCACCCUUCGCAAGACACAUGAUGGCCACUUCAAGCACCUGUCCAAGGAAUCGUGCAAGAGAGUCACUUCCAACCUUGGCCCCUCGUGGACAUGCAAUCUGAAGAAGUACAGCAGCUAUGGUCACUGGACCGCCCAGUACCUUAUGGGUGGAGACCUGGAAGAGGUCGCCUAUCCCCCUUUCGUGGACGAUCUUCCUCAUACCUCAAAGCACACUGUCCGUCUUCCCAUCAAAAGGACAGGCUCGGUGGUCGACGCAACAAGCAUCAAUGUCACCUUUGGGUUCAAGUUCUCCACUAUCCAUCACCGCCGCCAGUUUAGCAAGGACUUUUACUCCUUCCACUCUGUGCUUCUUCAGCCCCAAUCCCAGUCUCCGAACGCCACAGAGCGUGAUCACGCCAAUGCUCACGACUUCAUACACAUUCUAUCUGGCGUCGUUUCCGGCCACGCAGAUGAAGGGUACCGCCCCUGGACCCGAGUUGUGUUGGGAGCUGUGAGCGGUGUCAUCUCGGCCUCCAUCUUUCUCCUGGAAGGAACAUACUGGUGGACACGGCGCACCAGCACGGGCAUCAGCUUCCCAGCAACAUGGGCGAUUCUUCUCAACUUUGCAUUUGGUGUCUACGAUGUCCUGUUCGGGGGACUGGAAGGCGCUGGGCCCAGAUUCUUCCUCGCGAUCUUCCUGACGGUUGGAAUUUGUUCGUUGGAGCUGCCACAGCUCAUCCUUGUCUUUCCCCUCUCUAUCGGAAACUACGGCAAGGGGUGGACAGUGUUCAAGCGCCGUCGAACACAUCGGGAGCGCGCGUCCAGACGGCGCGAACCGCCGUGGUGGCAGGUCAUCAUUUUGCACAUCAUCCUCAGUUGCAUUCUAGCUGGCAUCAAAAAGCUGGCCGGAUUCAAGUCCCUGUGGCUCAUUCGGCCUGUGUACACUUCGGACACGGCCGAGUCGAAGCCGUCCAGCACGCUGAGGUCCAGGGUUGGGAUCGCUGCGCUACCAAUUACCGCCAAGCUUUGCCAGAUGGCACUCAACCGCUCGUCUGGAACGUUUGCUGGCCAGUUUCCUCUCACGGCAUGGCUAUACGCGGCAGAAUUGCUUCUCGAACUCGCAUACUUCUCGACCAGAGUCGUCGGUCACUACGACUUGCACAACGGCCUUUCGCCCCUCCACAUAGUAUCCCAUGCUCUCACCUUGCUCAUGCUGUACCAGGCCAUCAAGUAUCCCCGCGUGGAGCAGAAUGUGCCCGAUGACGACGAGGAGUAGGUGGCGGGCGGGGGUUGAGAGAUGUGUACAGCAUAGAAUCUCAUCAAUGUACAAUGGCAAUGCACCCGUCAAGCAGA